UGGCUAUUUUUAAUUUCCCUGCCUGUUGAAAGCAGAAUUUAGAGCAUUGUGAAUUUUUUUCCCCUUGGGCCAGAUUCUCUUUUUUCAUCUGUCAUGCUAUAAAGGGAAAGGGGGGAAAAUAACCCAAAGAGAGAAGGAUUAUAGUGAAGGGGUAGGGGGCAGAGAAAGAGAGCAAGCAAAUUAAUUCUCUGCUUCUUUCCCUGGGAAUGAUUUAGGGUCUUAAUUGAGCUUUCUAACUGGGUAGAAUGCACAGAUCCGUGCGCUGCUUAGCAGAAGGUAACAGUGUGAGAUUGUGCAGAGAAUGCAAAGGUUUCAUCAUAACAUCAUUGAUGCAGAAGUGUUCCCUGCUCCCUGGCCCAAUGAGGAGAGAGCGAGAGACGGAGGAUAAUUUAUUCAAUAACCUCACAUUCAGGUUGCAGGCUCCCUUCCACUGCCUGUAUGAGAGGGAGGUCUCUUCAUAUCUUCCCUUCUACCCGCCUCCCUCCCACCCUGCUACCGCACACACACACACACACACAUCCAUACAAUUCCCUUACAAUUAGGAAGACACCUAUUCAGCACCGCUCUUAUUGCUGGGCUUUUGUUCCUCCUCGUCUUUGCUGGCAAAGCCAUUCCCUCUGCAAGUCUGUGUUCAGUGCUCAGUGGUUUGUUAUGUUGCUUUUCAUAAUCUCUACCAAAGAAUUCCACUCCCACUGAAGUCCUGAAAUUAAGGCUGCAGGGAAGAGAGGGGGAAAAAAAGAAGGAAAAAGUUUCCUUUGGAUGCUCCUGAGCCUGACCUGCCAUAGGGGAUGCCCCAGUUCACCUUCGCUUGCUUCUGCGGGCUCCAUGGCUUCUGCAAGAUGAAGAGGAAAAAAGAAGAGCCCAGCGCAGAGCAGGAGACGUCAGUGUGAGACUUGUCUCGGGUGUAUCACGUUUACCCGCUCACUCACAUCGCUGGAUCCCAGCCCCGGUUUGAACUUGAGACUUGCCUGGCUUGGAAAAAAAGCUGAAACUCAGAAAUGACCCUUACAGAAGAGCCACAAACAGGCAUUAUCCUGGGUGCUAGGGUGGUUCAGCACAGAUCCCCAGUCUCAAAGGUGCUUGGCCUUGGACCCCACAGCUAUCCGCGGCAGAGAGAGAGUUUGUCCCUUUGCUGGGUAAAAGUUUCAUUCAUGAGAAAGCUGUCCUUGUCUUGCUCGAAUAUGUCCCCAUGGACAAACUCUGAAAGAGAUUUCCAAAUCAAGAGCCAAGUCCUGCCCUCAGUUUCCCUGGAGUAAGUGGGCAGCAGGAAUUGGCUCUGUGUUUUUAAGUUGUCUCACUGCUGCACUGUCAGCUGAAAAUGAACAAGCUGUAGAGUUUUUUUAGUAUCUCCCAGGUGAAUGUCUGUGUCUACAAGAAGCAGUUCCUAAUGCCUCUGAGACAUUUUGUGCUCAGAUGUGCUAGAUGACAGCAUGGAGAAACCCUUAGGAAGUGGUGCAAACACACUGGACUUUGAUUCUGCUCCCUCUCGCACGGGUGCAAAUCAGGAGUCACUCCACUGAAGUCUAUGGUGUUAGCCCAGUGGGAGAGCAGACUCAUGCCCCUUAUGUGUCUAUAUUAACUAUGGGAAGUGAAUUUUGCAUUUGGCCCCUUUUCUAUAAUGGGCUUGAAUCAAAAUCCCUGAACUUUAUGUGGAGAAAAGUUUGGAACUGGGACUCAGAUCUCAGCUUUGGAGCUCAGGUCUAUCUCUAGUAUGUAUGCAUCCUCCCGUGGUUCUCCAUUUUUCCCAUAAUGGGUGCCCUCUUCCAAUCUAGCCAUUUAGCAACCUGGGAAAGGCAGAAUGGCCAUGACCCUCUGACACCUGUUCAUGUACAUGCUGUAGGUCACAACCCCCAGGAUAAGAGCCCAUGUUCUCAAAAAAAUUCAUGCAGCUGACAGUCUGGAAAAUGCCAGUGUUCAAAUAAUUAACCUUUAUUGCUGCCACUGCCUCACCUAAUCCAGGCAUAGCCAUUAGUGUUAGUGUGGUGCUACAGUUUCAAAGGUUGUCCCUGUUUUCUCCCUCCUUGUCUGCACGCCUUUCCUUCCUGCUGUUAAAGCCCUAUGGAAACUCCCUGGGUGCUGUGCCUUUCAGGAGGUGUUGCAGACAGACUGUCCUCUUCAGGUACACUAAAGUAGCCCCAGCAGUUGUCACUGUGGAUCCCAGAAAAUACAACUAUUUCACGGCCUGAUCCAAAGAACACUGAGGUCAGUAGAAACUUUUCCUUUGAUUUCAGUGGGUUUGGAUCAGGACCUCACUCAGGAAGAUCUUCUUGUGGUAGUGUUGGAGAACCCAACCAUCAGCUCCAAACACCCGCAGCCUUAUGGCACUGGAAAUCCAGACCCAAAUUUAGCCACUCAGACGCAGCUCUGGUUAAUUCAGGCAGCCUCAACCCCUUCACUCCUGAAUCCUUUGCUGCGACCUCCAAAAUGUGCAGCCCCCGAGACUCCUAGGGGUUUGCUCUUUCGAUGGCAGUGACUAGGAGGGAAUACCUAGUGAGGAUGGUCACACAGUAUUUGUAGCCCUUUCAGUCAGAAUAAACUGCAGUUGCUGUGGCUUUCGAGAACUGGUGGCAAGGCCUGAGCUGGGUGCAUGACAGAGUCAGAAAGGCAGGCUGUCAGCAUGACAGGCUGCGAUGGUAGCCGUGGAGAUCUGGGGAGAGGUUCAAAAUGGCUGCCUCAGGCAGGGCUGGUUAAGCCAGUACUGCAAAGCUGGCGCCUGUAGGGAACCCUCAUGAACCCCCUCCUGCCCCAGUCAUCUCUGUAUGGAAAAGCCUUGUUCUUGCUCCAGGGUUCAGUGGUGUGGAGUAGAAGCUGCUUUGUACUGAACAAGAACGCAGUGGGGACCACUUGGGCCCCCUAGAGAAUGGGGGUGCCUCCCCCUUUAAUAUGCUCCUGGUUAGGGUAAAUUGCUGGUUCUCUGCCUCUUCCUGUGUAACAGAAAACCUCCAUUCACUUGCUCCUCUAAGUCCCUCAGCAAAGCCAUUGCACCAGUUCUGGAUACAUCUCCUGAGGCCCGAUUCCCAUCACAGAAUGGAACCAAGCCCUCAGAAUCGAUCAGGGCAGAGGAUGGGUAGUGGGAGAAGGUCAUGUGCUAAAUCUGGUGGAUGAGGUCUGGGGAGGGGAACAAGUGAAUGACGUUGCAUGGGACUGUCAAUGGGCCUUCACUGCAGCCAGCCAAAGGCUUUGGGUAGGUUAUUAAUAUUAAACAAAAAAUAGUAAUUGGGGCAAAACCACCAUUUCUAUUUAAAGACCAAACAUGGAGGAGCGGGGGCACAGAGUACCUUAGGGCGGUGGGGCCAGAGAUUGUUAAUGCUGUAACUCUGAUGCAAAAUCUUGCCCGGUAGGGUCUCUGAGGAAUGUUGUCUCUGCUCCCCUCUAGGAAGGGCAGACAGGUAAAUCUUUAGGGGCCAGAUCUGUGACCAGUGUAAACCAGAGGAGACUCGUUGACUUCAGUGGAGCUAUGCAGAUUUACACCAGCUGAAGAUCUGGCCCCAAGAAGAAUAAGUUGAGCUAACUCAGAAAACAAAUCCUUUCCCCCACUUAUAAAACACACUGACCUUUCCAGUGCUCAGACCGCUGCUGCCAGACCGGAUUUACGCUUGACAAACAGAGCUGUGUGUGCUGGUGACAAGCUCUCCUUUUGGGAAAAUUUGCUAGCUUGGCCGGCUACCAAAACCAACAGGGCCAUUAUUUUAUUGUCUUAUCCAAAGGGUUUAGCAUGAAACCUCUGCCCAGCAAGGAUGACCAAUAAAAGGAGACACAUGAGAUCAUCUCCUGGGGUAUAAGAAGAGCAACGAACUAAGCGGCUUUAAAAUAAUCUUUGUCGGGUGCCAGUAGUCGGGGUUGCUCUAGGAGAUGGUUGAGUCACUUCAAACAUUUCAAACACGAAACAGCUGGUAGCAGACCAUAGCAAGGAGUCCAACUGCACCUGAUCUUGCUUAGUGAGUCAGUCUGGAAAGUUCACAUGCUGAGAAGCACUGUAUUUUCCCCAUGGAGCAUGAAGAAGAUACUCACACAAGCUGCUGUCUGGUUCAUGCACAUGAAGGAUCAAGCAUUGGGAAAGGACCCAACACUGAAAGCAUUGGGGUCACACUCCAGAUAUAUAUGGCCCAGAUAUUUUUUUUUCUCAGCGAACUUUGGCAUGGCUGAGCCAACUUGUGAUGGUGACCAUUUUGCUACUGCUUGAUGCAUUACAGAAGCCCAUCACUGGAGGCUGUUGGGCUCAUUUUCAUCUCAUUCCAAUGGUGGCAAUAAGUUUAGCAGAAGGCUGAAUUUUAGGCUUAGUUUGGGUAUCUAAAUCUCCUAGGAGGUUUAGCAAAUGGUCGUGUUUAAAUAUUAAACAUUACAGGCCAAAUCUUGGGGUCUCUCACCCAGGAAAAGCUUUCACUGGGUCAAUGCCUCACUAGAAUGGAGCAUUUUCAAAUUCCAUUGGCUGCAGAGAGAGCCGAAGGUGCUCAGCAUCCCUCAGGAUAUUGCCCCUUGACUGGGUGUUUUGCCUGAGUAAAGACUUCAGUAUUUGGCCCUAAAAUUCUUUCCAAUCAUUGACCCCAUAAUAAAGCAGAAGGAAAAGUGAUGCAGAGGACGAAUCCUGUCACUGAGCAUCUCUAGAUGCCAAUAUCACAAAUGUGCGCCCUAUUCUGCAAGUUGGCAGCAAUAGGAAACAUGAUUUCUAAAGAAAGCCGGCUACAGCCGUAUUCUGGGUAGGGACAUGCCUGCGCAGCUCCCACUGAUGCCAGUGGGAGCCCAAUAUAUGUAUCCAAAGCCAGGAUACAGCUGAAUAUUUCCUAUCACAGUUCUGAGUUUCUGCACAGCAAGAAGUGCUUGGCAGCCUGUGAACUUUUACUCUGUUUUCUGCACUGAGCAAGGUGGGGGUAGUUGUUUUGACUCAUCCCCAUUCAUUUUCAUCAAGGUCAGCUCAUCACCUCAUGCUCAGCUGAUUGUGUAACACACUGUUAGCAGUUAUAGCUCUCCAUGGAUACCAGAGACUAUCUUUACUGGCCUUCUACUUACACAGAGCAAGAAGAGCUACCUCUUAGUGCAAGUGGCAGAGACUUGUGCAUUUGGUGCUGAUGGACACAAAUUCAAUCCUUAUUUAGGACCAGUGUCUGUGUGGGUACAGCCCCUGCUCAUCACAGCUGUAAGCUAUAGCAGCCAUUCUGGCAGCAGGAGGUUGUUCCAACUGAAGAUCAGUUGGCUGCAAGUCCCUGAGACCUUUCAAAUUCCUUUGGGUCGAAGUCAGAGGCAGGAGAUUUGCAGAUGAUCACAGUCAGUUUCCUUUUUAGUGAGUUGGACCCCAUGUAAACUAAGAAUAUUAAUGUUUUCUCCUGAGCGGUGAGUUUUUAAUUGUUUAAUGGAGCACUCGGUGAAUAGCCAAGGUUACCGUUGUGGAACCUAGGCUGCUAUGAGCCUUUGAUUAUGCAGCCAUCACGGCUUCAUAGUUAAGGUUCCAAAAUUAAUACACACACCCUGAGACUCUGUAAAGAGCUAACAGCUUUAUUGAAUGUAUCCAGCUUGGCUGGAGGUUUAUAUAGUACUAAUUAAAUGCUCCUGAAAUGGGUCUUACGUAAAAACUGGUCUGGGUGCUUCAGAGGUUUUCUCUCCACUGUGGUUGUUCCAAAAUCUGGUCUGGAAGCAGAAGGGGGAUCUUUCCAGGACAAUACGGUAACCUAUUGAAUGUAUAUUGUAGACCACCAUAUGGCUGCUGAAUUUAUCUCACCUCUAGAAUUGCACCUGCCUCCAGCAAAGAGCUUCCUAGGUAGGCAUGGAUGAAUACAGUAUGUAAAAUAUACAGAGACAGACACACACAUACAUACAUACAUAUAUAUAUAUAUAUAUAAAACUGAAAAUGCAAUAAAUUACACAAGUACAGUAUGAAUGUUUAAAAGCUCAAGGUGCUCAAGGUGCAAUUAUUUUUAAAGAGAACUUUCCAUGUAUGUGGAUAGAUAGCUCCCAAAGUGAUAAUAUGUUAUCCACAGUGGCUCCAAGCAAAAUCAUUUGCUCCUGGCUUGACCCCUUUGGUGCUCACAAAUGCCUCGUGGUGCUUUUUGAUUCUUCUAUCGUAAUGACUUGACCUCUAGGUUGAUGGCUGAAGGUUCCUUCAUCCACAAAUUCAUUCCCACCAGGCUCCAGCACCGUGAUUUUCUGCAGCAAACCUGUCAAUAGUCUGAACUUCCAAGCAGUUUGCUCUUUGCUAAUUGCCCAGGCUGAGAGCGGGUGCUGCCAACUAACUUCCACAUGACAAGUUUGCAGUGGGCAAAAAGUUAGAUUUUUUUCCCCCAGUGGCAGCAUUUUAUUCGGACACCGGACUCUUCCAAAACUGUGAAAGCUGGAAAGCUAACAGCUCUUGUCAAAGUACAAAUGAGCUCCCCCUCUCCCUUUCUCUUCCUCACCCACAUACUUGCACAAGCCCUGGCAUUUUUUAUGUCUAUAUAAGAAGCAUUUUGCUUCAGUGCCCAGAAUUUCCCUUGUUCCCAUACUUGUGUAACAUGCUUUAUGCUGCUUGUCCAUCUGGCUUCCACCUUUCCAUGUCAGAGGUGACUGCAUUUCAGUGGUGCUAUAGAAAUACAAAUCUUACUACUACCACUACUAAAUUAACAUUAAUGAUAAACUAAUACAGAGCUAUUCAUCUAUAAAUCUCAAAGCACUUUACAAAGGAAGGGAAGCAUCAUUGCCUCCAUGGUACUGAGGGGGAAACUGAGGCUCAGAGCAGAGACGUAACCUGCCCAAAGCCACCCAGGGAGUCAGUGGCAGAGGCAGGAAAAUAACCCAGGUGUCCUGACUCCCAGUUGUCCCUGUGAAGCUCUUUUGGAUCCUUUGGGUGAAAAGGGUGCUGUAGAAAUGUAAGGUUAUUUCUCCCUUUUUAUGACAGUUGCUUUAAUAUCAAUCCCAUCCAUGCUGAAGUCUGUGUAUAAUUCUCCCCAUUAUAACAGGAGUCUUAACUGUAACAUAACUCCCCGGAACAGUUUCAAAAAGAAGUGUGCUAUGCUAGCUACCAUCAUUGUUCCUCAGAAAAUGAAUGUUAUGCUCCUCAAAGAUGCAUUUGUUCCCACCAGAAAUAAUCCAUCUUUAAUCCUAUUACAGUGAAGGAAACCAUCCAAGUUUCUCUAAAUGAGAAUGGAAGGAUAUUUCUGAAACAGGCAAAUCUGCUCAUCUCUGCAAUGCAGCAAGCACUGAGGUGUGCAACUCCAUUGCUACCCACCCCACUGGCCACCUGCCACCCUUCCCCAAGACCAGCUUUUCAGGUGACCCAGUGGGGACCUAUGAAUUUAGCAAGGUGGUGGACUCAUGGGAAUUUAGGAAACCAAAUAUGCAGCCCCCUUUCCCCAUCCAAUCCUUUCUGGGCAGCUGGCAAAAUGUAUUUAAGUUAAAGGGCCAGACGCUCCACUGGUAUAAAUCAGCACAGCUCCAAUUACACCAAUUUACUAGAGCUGAGGAUCGGGCCCAAAAUGUGUUGCAAUUAAAAGGAAACCAGCAUUGCUUGAUCUUGACAGUAGAGCGUCUGCAGUAGUGCUGAUGGUGUAGUCAAGGGGGAAACAGCUUUAAUGAUCAAAAUAACCAGAGCGUUGCCUUGGGCUAACUUCCAACAGAGGCAGUGUACCCUCUUUGUGAAUAUUGGCCUACUUUGGAGUCAGAGAGUCUCCAGAUGUUUAUUUGCAUGACAAUAAGUGGGUAGGGGACCAAAAAAUUGUGUGUGUGUGUGUGUGUGAGUGGUGGGGUUUCAUCCCAAAUUGUUUUGUUUUUUAUCAGCAGCAGAUGAUCUCUUGACAGAUGUGGUCUUGCCAAGGGAACUUUCACUGCAUUUAUUUAAGAUGAAGGAAAUAUUUGUGCAGUGAGUUGGAAGGGUACAGAACAUGCACAAAGAGUGAAGCCCAGAAAAAAGCUGCAGCUUGAACUCUUGUCGUGUAACAUGUUCCUGAAAGUCUUACUGAAGAUGUGCAAAAAGAACAGGGAUCUAGCCUAAUCCAGCAUUUCUUAAUCUGUGGGCAGGACCCCAGAGUGGGUUGCGACUCCGUUUUAAUCAGGUCGCCAGGGCUGAUGUUAUACUUGCAGGGGCUAGGGACCGAAGCCCAACACCAAGUCCCACCAUGCAGGGCUAAAGCCUGAGGACUUCAUCACUUAGUGGUGGGGGUCAGGUCACAGGACCCCCACCUGGGGUUGAAGCCCUUGGGCUUUGGCUCCCCUACCCAGAACGGUGGAGCUCAUUCUUUGGCCCUCCCCACCUGGGACAGCUGGGCUCAGGCAAGCUCAGGCUUCAGUCCUCCCUCCUGGGGUCAUGUAGUAAUUCUUGUUGUCAGAAGGGGGUCGCGAUGCAAUGAAGUUUGAGAACCCCUGGCCUAAUCUAAUCUGAUACACAAAUCCACGUAUCUAUAAUAUAUCAAGUUGGAAUCUCUUUUUUUUCGUAAACUCCACAAUAGGAUUUAAGUCUUCAUUGCACUGGAAUACUUUGCAAACACAAGCUUUUGGCAUUUAAUUGGACUGGGAAAGUACCAGUGUUCUGUUUAUUAUGGCCAGAGUGAUUUCUGCAUUCCAGUGUGUAUCCAAUUUCUUUUAAGAUUAUCUAACCAAAGGUGUCCUUUUCUUUCUUGCACUUCUAGGGUGAUAUGGUAGGAUUUUGUUUUUUAAAUGCACUUUACUCCCCCAUGUUGAGUUGGUGGCCCCAGUUAUCUUGCUCUUUAUGAUUAUGCACAGGAACAUCUAUGGGUAGUUAGGUGUGAAGAAAUCAAACAUCUGCACACUACUGUCUCAUCUGAUACCGUCCAUCUAACUGUAACUGACAUCGUCCCCCAAUGAGUUCUUUGACCAAUAUUUUCAAAAGUGACGAGUGAUUUUGGGUCCCCAACUUGAGUCACUUUAAGGAGUGCUGAGUUCCAGAGGGUGAAUGUGCUGCACUUUCUGAAAAUCAGGCUCCCUUAAGGUGUCUCUAGAUGGGCAUUCAGAAUCACUAGUCACUUCAGAAAAUCUCCCUGCCCUCCUCUCCCCCACAUUCCCCCAUCCCCACUCGUCAGCAGAAUAGCCUUCCUGGUCCGUAUCUUGCAGUCCUUUCUGUUGAGCUAAACAGGAAUUUUUCCCUGAACAAGAACUGCAGGAUCCGGACCAUUAUUUGCAUCUCUUCUUUAAGAGUAAAAAGACAGUUGGUUAAAUGCAAUGUAUAUUUAUUGAAUGUAUCUGUAUAUAAUUUGCACAGCCACUUUGUAAAGCAGGGUGACCACAUGAGUAACAUACUCGUGGACUUAAACCACUGAUAAUCAAACAAUCCUCACUAUGAAGUUUAUUAUAUGUACAGAUUUAUAUAUAGGGUCACAUUUCACUCUCAUUUAUGCUGGUAAAUGCAGAGAGUCUGUCUGUGUGUUCAAAUGUCUCCAAAAAAAUAUGUGUAGUACAGAGAUGGGCCUGCACCAACCCCUUGGAUCCAAGCACCGCAAAACUUCCACCAAGUUUGGGGAUGUUGGGGGGGCCUCAGACCCAUCUCUAGUGUAAAGGCAUGUCAACAAAAAGCAGAACAAAGCAAGGAUAUAGUCACAGAAAACGCAACACUAAGGCCCUGACUCACCCAGCAAAGCAUAUGCAUAAAUUUAAGCUUGUGCUAAAAAGCUUUGCUGGAUUGGAUCCUAAAAUACAAUGGGCCUAAUUCACCCCUAAUGUAACCCCAUUGUUCUUCAGUGAAAUGUACAGUUACCCACACAUUUAAAGGUACAGGACUGUCUUUUCAAUGGGUUAAGUGUCUCCCUGUUGUCCUUUUUUCUUUCACUGUCUGGAUUCUAUCAUAAAGGGACUUAACCAGACAUGUUCCUCAGGAGUCUCCCAGCCUCAGUAGCCAUAGAAACCAGCUAUUUUUAGUUUGUUUUUCAAGAUGCCAAUAAAUGACUUUUCUCUACUUUGGAAAGACAGAGGACCCGGUCAGCCUCAUGUAUUAAUGCAUGGUAAAUUAGUGUCUUUUAAAAGCCAUGCAAACUUCUUGUAAAGUACUGUAUUUAAGAAGAAAAAUAAAUGUGAAACUUGUUAAUAGGAGAGUAUAUAAACAUGCAGAGUAGAUUAUUCACUUACUAUUAUAUUUCCUAUCUAAGAAAAAUAUUUGUAAUAAUUUUUAGAGCACACGCUUUAGAGUAUAGAUUUUAUAGAUGUCUGGAGAUAAAGAGUAUUUUUGGUACAUGACAUGUUUUGCUUUCUCCUUUCUCAAGCUGCUUGCUUAAUCCCUGUCCCAGACAUACAUUGGCAGUAUUUGGAAAUUAAAUCAAUGCCUGUGAGAAUGCAAUCAUUAAAAAUCCCCAAACAAUGACUUUGUUUUCUAGGAUUUCAUUCAUGUUUGAAGCUGGAGGCUUUUUAAACAGGACUGAGAAACAAAUGUGUAUGAUUAAUUAUCACGCCGCAUUUUAAUGAGUGACAGUGGCUUAGCAUUCUUCAGCCAGAUUCAAUAUGCAAUAUGAAAUAAAUGUAGCGGGAUAGAGGAUCUGUUUCCUUGAGGUUUUCUUAAAAAAAAUCACAUCUGCAGAAAUUAUUUAGGUCCCAGACUUGCAAUGCAAUGUAACGGGGCAGACCUUUGCACACAUGCAGAGCCCCAUUGACUUCAGUGGCACAAUAAUACUGGCACAAAAGUCCACCCACAUACAUCACAUUGCAGGACUGAGGCCUUGAUGGUAUUUUCCCACGUACUUGGUAUGACUUGAUUAAAAUUAUGCAUGUAUACCUUGUACGGUAUUUUUUGAAUACCCUAACCUUAUACACCCUUCAUACAGAUCACACAAGCCUUGUGGGGUGGAAAAUUCUCGUAGGGCAAUGGUGCUGUGCAAGCCACCCUUCAUAGACUAUCUGAUCCUACAAAGGGCUGAAUGUCUUCUGCAAGGUGCUGCUUGCCUCUCAGCUCCCACUGACUUCAACGGGAGCUGAAGGCAUACUCUGUAUCUUGCAGGAAGUACUGAGGAUACUUUGCAGCAUUGAUGCCAUAGAAACACAGGGCCAGAUCCUCAGCUGGUGUAAAUCAAUGUAGCAGAGGAUCCGGCUUACUCACUCCAACAUUGGUAGCUGGGCUAGGAAAACUGUCCUGGAAUCAGAUCAAUAAAACUCUCACGUGUGAUGAUGACCAAGGUGAUUUUCUUUAUACACUUAAUAGCUAUCCUAGGGCUAUAUAUACAUGUAGCCCAGUGACUUCUGGUGUAACAUAUCUAGUUUACAAGAAUGUAUUAUAAAUUAUAGAUGCAUAUCAUGUCUGUAUCUUGCACUGAAAUACCUGCCUAUUGAUCUGUCUCCCGCUGAUUAAUUUUCUUUAUUGACUAGUUCUAUUUUUGGAAGCGGCUAACUGGCUUUAUUUCUGUUCUUUUGUAUGUCUCUGAAAUCUAUGCACCUGGAGUAAGCACUUUCUUGUUCUAACUGUAAAAGCAUGAGUAGGAAAGCAGGUAUGUUAAUUGCUGUAAUAAAGAGUCUUUAUAAUA